UUCACACUCUUUUCUAAUGCUCUUAACGCCGACGGCCGACGUGACAUCUUUUGCCGACAGUGAUCCUCACUUCAUGGUCGAGAUCCUUCACUCUGGUUUGACGGUGUGUUUUGAUAUCAAUGGUGAUCCUGGUGAUGUAUUCAAUCUCUUGAGUGAUCCCAAGCUCAAUCUGCGAGUAUCUGCCUAUGUCAUUCCUGUGAAACACGACGGGAUUCCCGGUUCCAGUAGGAAUAAUACAUACUUCGGUAAGAUCGGUGUCCUACUCGGGACGGACCGGUACCUCAUUCUGACACCCGACACCAUCGAGGUCAACAACGAGGCGUUCAAGCUCGGCUGGGACGACCACCUCUCAAUGCGCGUCGGUGACUUCGUCGUUCAUGUCAGGAAUAAGCAUCAAGUGGUGAUCGCUCAUGGUGAUGAUGUGGUGGUGGUGAUCAUGGCGCACCGCGUGAAACACGGAAACAUCUUCCUUGCCGAGAGAGAAAGGGCGACCGACAGGUCUCGUCGCGUUGAUCAUCUUGGGUUCUAUGUUGAGGAAGGAAAGGGUCUUGCUGAAGAUGUCCAUGGCCUCAUUGGUCAAUUUUAUCGGAAGACGGAGGUCCUCGUGUCAAGACCAGUCGUCGAUGCCACGGACCCGUUUGACGAACCCCUGCCCCUGAGCUCCCCCGAUCAGAACGCGACUCUCUCGAUCGACGACCGACAGGUCCCCGUGACUCUCAUGAAUCGCCACAUUCCCCUUAUUCGAGAUUACAAGGAAUGCUGGCAUGCUGCUGAUAAUGCCAAGGGUCUGAUUGAAGGAGACUACACUGACUACAAGCUACCGUAUCUCAAUGCGCGCCCAGCCGCUUAAACAUCUCAUUUUUGUCUCGAAAUAGCUCGAACCUUUUUUGUUUGUUUUUAAAUCAUGUUGAUUUGCCUUUGGAAAGUAAGACUUUACUAUGGAGGUGUUUAUUGUUCGUGCUGCAGUUAUAUAUAUAUAUAUAUAUAUGUACAAAAGAAAUAUUGAAUUAAUAGUAUCCAUAGUGUAAUAAUUUGCCUCCCAUAGUUUAUAUGGUAGAAUCUGCAUUAUAGAACGAGAGAAGAUACAAGAGCGCAGUAGGCCUAUUAUGUUGAUGACUUAAUUACUUGUAAAUAAAAACCCUCUUUCUUACUACACCUGUAUUACAUCUAUUGCAGCUGGGGUGCUGCCCAUGCAUGCACAAGAACAGAAGUAGUAAUGAAAGUAGUAGCGGUAGUAGUAAUACUACCUUUAAAUGUUGUUGUAGCAGUGUAGUACCGUGUGAGUGUAUCCGGACACUUACCCCCUGGACAUCUACCCCGGAUAACCACCCUCUAAGACGCCUACCCCGGGACAACUACCCCCGGAUAACUACCCCCAGCAGUACUGUGAAACUGUUUAAAUUUUGAAUUUUGCCUGGCAGUCGGGAAUAAAGACCUUGAAGUCUAUUCAACUGUCUUUAUUUGUUUACUAAUUUAUGUAUUUGUUUAUUCAUCCGCUUUAAUUUUACAGAAUCUAUUUGAUUAUUUAUUUAUAAAGUCAUGCUUUAAAUAUUAUUUCGAACCCAUAACAAUUGAAUCAUUUUCUAUUUGUUUAAAACGACUGUUCUAUCUUUCCGGUUCCUUCUCUGGUUACCUUUGUCGGACUACACUGAUCGUCUGUCUGUCGCAUAUGUUGCAGCUAGGCCAUUUUCGUAAUGUAACCAAAUUUAUGCAUAUGCCUAAAGCGCUUCGAUACGAAUUAUUUCAUUCACCUGUUACAAAUAAAUGUAUUGCAAUAGUCAGAAUUCAAAUUGCAUACAUUAGUUGUUUCAUGGUAGGACAAACAUUAUGGCUUUUCCUACCUAACAGCACGUUAUUUAUGCAAUUAGCAUUCUGACUAUGAAAUACAAUUAUUCGCAAUGAUCGGGGGAAUGAAAUAAGUUGUAACAAGGUACUAGAAAGAUUUGUGCAUUACAUUUGAAAAUGGCCCAUUGACAGAUCAAGAUUCAAGAGUCAGGUAAGGGUAUCACCUGUCACUAGAUGGGUAUCAUUGAUGCGACAAUUAUGAAUAUAUGGCAUCUCCAUUUGACAACAGCAAUCAGAAAACAAAAGCAAGCAACUGCCAAAUCGCACACAUUCCCAUUCACAGAAACCUUUCCAGUACUUCCUACUGAAUAGUACAUGCCUACAUGGACAUGUUUUUCCGCAUAAAUGCUCAAUUAUUCUCACAGUGAGUUUCGCCUAAUUUAGGUGUUUUCCCCCUAUUAUUUGACAAAUUUCAGAUGACUGUUGCUUAAUUUUGUCAAAGGGCAGUCAAAUUGGUCAAAAACUUGCUGACAGGGAAAAAUGAUUCAGCUCCAUUUUAAUUUUCGGAAUGUUAAAUCAAUUUGUAGUGGCUCAACAAUGUUCGACUCUUCAUCGUGAAAUGUACAGUAAAAUUAAUGUAACAAAUAUAUUGUUGAAUGAAUGUGUUGAUUUCACUAAAGUUAAAAAAAGAAAAACAGAAUUGAAACCUUAUAACCCCUUCAUUAUUUAGAACGAAUAAAUUGAUGCGUAAUGCUGUCCUGAAUCGAA